CUCAUAGUUUGCCCGGUGAAAAAAACGUACCAUGAAAUUUCAACCUGUAAUUCCUAUCCCGGGAAACUACGAGGGAAUCCGUACACAAAGAAUCGAUGAAACUUCGAGUAGAGAGUCAAAUGAAGUUCUAAAUUUAUUUACACAUCAAACAGUAUUUUCCAUCCCGAACAAAACGUAUAAACCAUUCACUUAUACUAUAAAAGUUCCGCCUAUUGAGAACCCAAUAAUUUUAAAUCCAAAUUACAAAGGUAUAUUACCGGAUAAUAAAAUAAACCAAGAUGAUUCCGAGUUAAGAAGAAAAGAACAUGCAGUAAAAAUUAUCGUUGAAAGACUUAAAUAUGUACAAUCACUUACAAAAGUUAAUAAAAAUGAUUUAUAUCAAAACAAUUUUACACACCAUAAUGAAACAAAAAGGCAUAAACUGCAAAAUGUAGAAAAUAAUGAAACCCGGGAGUAUAAUAGUUUAAAAUGGGAGGAUAAAAAAGAAAGUAAAAGGGAUUUGCAAUCUAUUAAAAUGACAGCGUUUAAUAUUAUUGAUGAAAAUAUUAAAAAGGCUGUCUCAGUAGCUGAACAGAUUAAGCAAGAGAUAGAUGUUGAGAUGACAGGAAAACGUCAGGAAGCAAGAGCAAUAAAAGAAAAGAAUGAUUCCUAUAAGAAAAUUAGCAGUAAAAAAGAAUAUAUUCUAAAAUCAGCGAAAAGACUUGCUUUUUAUUUAGGUUUACAGACAAUACCUUACAUGAGAACUUACAUGCAAUCCAAUAACUUUAAUCGUAUGCUUAUUAAAAGGAUUUUCUUACAACUGACGAACUUUACGGUCUGUUUAUCUAGACAUCUUUCAAAGACCUCAAAUACAUCUAGUCCGAAGUUAAAUAAUUUUAACUCUUUUAACUCUAAACUAGAAGACUUUGUUAACGAAGGAGAAUACUACGAAGAGAUUUUAUCGGGUGCUGAAAUGUCUAGAAAAUUUGGAAAGACUCCGCUAGAGUUUACUAAAAGAAUGGAUACAGUUAUAACGGAGUUUGAAAAAAGGACUGGUAUUGAACGAACGACAACGAGAAGUAGGUCAAGAAGUCGUAGUACUGCAAAAGAUAAAUUAGUAAUCGGUGAUUUUAUGGAUAAUAUAAGUUCAGACGUUGAAGGUAAAAAUGUUUACAGAGCAUUCGUUACAGAAGAAUGGAGUGAAUAUUAUGAUAUUGGACAACCUGAAAUCAGUAAAAGUCUAAAAUCAGAAAAAUAUAUGGAGUCUAAAACAAUUAAAAAAGAAACAAUUGAAAAGCUAGUUGAAGAAAAAGUGUAUAAGGAAACUCCACUCACCUAUAUAGCAAUUGUACAAGCUCAUGUUUUUACAAACCAAGACGCAAUAUUUCGGGAUACCCAAGAAGAAAAAUAUGAGGAAAGAAAAGAAAUGUUUGAGGAAUUCGAUUCUAAAGGAGAAAGUAUAAUACAAGCAAAAGAACAGCUUGCUCUUUGUACUCAGCUGGAACACCAAACAAUAAGGAUAAAUAAAGAAAAACCAAUAGAAAAAGUAGUUGUGGUUGAAUCCAUAGAAGAUAUAACGCCAGUGGAAGAAUACAAAAGUUUUCCAGCAAUAGAACAGGUGAAAACUGGCAUUGCUGUUCAGAAGACAACAGAAGUAUUAGAGCCCGUAAUUGAGAUGCAAGUAGACAAACUUACAGCUGUUAAGCAGGCUUGGCAUGCAACGCAUCCAUCGAGUAUUUCAAUAGCUAGUAUUAAACCUGUAGUUCUUCAAGAUGAAAAAGACGAUUCCUUUAUAUUACCUGAAACUAAGUAUAGGAAAUCAGUUACUUUAAUUGAACCAGCUUUAAAAUCAAUAGCUGAAACAACUAAAAUUGACACUGUGGAGCCAAGAGUAGAAAUACUAGAUAUUACUGAAAAAGCACUAAGCAAACCAGUUCCUUUAAUUGAGGAACCAGUUAAAUCAAUCGCUCAAGUGUCACAAGUAGAAGUAAAUGAACCCCAAUCAAGGCCUUUAGAAUUAGCAAUACCCACUGAAGUAAGAUCUAAAGAAUUAGUACAAACUCCUGUUCAAUCAGUUGCCGUAAAUAUGAAAACUUUCACUGAUCAAUCAAACAUAGAGUUUAUUAAUACACCACAAACUAAACAAGAAACAUCCAAAAUAAAACUGGAACCUUUUUCAACUACAGUUGCUAAGAAAAGUGAAGUUUAUAUUGAUGAAACAACCGUAUCCUUCGAGAAAAAGGAGCUGGAUCUAGAACACCUAAAACAAACUAUCGAAUCUCCUUUGAAGUUAGUAGCACAAAAAUCAGAAACUAAUUUUGAUGAGUCAUGUGCCAACGUAUCGACAGCAAAAAUUCAAACAGAGUUGAUCCGGGAAACAUAUGAAGAACCUAUUAAAGCUGUAGCAGAAACUUUCGAAACUUCUACUGAUAUAGCAAAUCUAAGUAUAUUUAAAAGGGAUGCUCUGAUUAAUGAAAAUAUAAAAACAUGUGUCGAAGUACCAUACCAAACUGUGGCUCAAGUAGGAGAGGUAUAUUCAGAAAUGUCUGAAGGUUUGUAUAAAACGCAAAAAAAUAAUGAAGAAAAAAUUAAAAUGACUAUAGAAAUACCACACAAAACUAUAGCACAGAAGAUUGAGACGUCUACAGAAGAAACAACAAAUUUAAAUACUGAUUUAAUGCAAGCUAGGAGCCAAAACCACGUUUCAAGUAUGGAAUCGGCUACAAAAGCUGUUGCUGAAAUAAAUCAGACAAUGCUAAGUGAAAAAAGUAUCGAUUUUAAAUCCAUUUUAGAAAGUAAAGAAAGUAUUCAACAAUCCAUGGAACCCAUGAAAAAUGUGGCCGAAAAAUUUGAAAUGUACGUGAGUGAUAUUGGUGAAGAAUUCAAUAAAUUUAAGGCCAAAGGGACCGAACCCGAAAUUGCAGUAGAGCUACCAGUAAGAGUAACUGCUGAAACAAAGGAAACGUUAACAGAUGAAGCUAUUGGGUUUGUUGACAAAACUAAAUUACCUAAAGAAAAAAUACAGCCGCUCUUAGUACCUGAAUCUAAACGUGUAGCAGAAGUGUGUAUAACUUUAAUUGAUGAACCCAAGCCCGAUAAUUUGGAAAAUGACACCUUCAAUAUAAAAGCGCCUAAAGUACUAAUGGAAGAUUCAUUUCGAUUUAUACCUGAGACCGUAGUUUCAAUACCAGAAGGGCCUAAAUUGGAGUCAUUUGACUUACCAACAGUUCACAAGGUAGAAGCGAAAAUAGCUGUUGAUAAAAUAGAACCAACCGUUAUUACACAAGUGCUCUUAGCUGAACCCCAUCAGAUACCCUUUGACGUACCACAAGUUAAAGUAAAGGAUCCGCGAUCUUUAAUAGAAGAACCACUACUGAUAGUGCCUGAAGCUUCGAUACCAUUACUAGAGGGUCCAAAAGAUGGCGUUUUCGUCGUCUCAAAAAGUUCAAAAGAACACGCAAACUUGAAUUUGAAAACCUUCAAUGCAACUAGUGUCACUGAAAUAGCCAUUUUAGAACCUCAAUGUGACUUACUUGAAGUUGCUGAAAUAAAAGAGCGGAAACAUCAUACAUUAAUGGAAGACGCAAAGAUGACUGUCUCUCACAUUCAAAAAAAUGUUAUACUAGGUCCUAAAGAUGAUAAUCUCUUAACGCCUUUAAUAGUAAAAGCAAGUGCGUCUUUGAAAGUUAACGAACAUAAAGCUCUGGAAGGAUCACUUGUAAUUUCAGAGGAAGCAAUACAGUUAAAUUCUGAUCAAAUCAAAAUUGAUGUUAGACAACCCAAAAGUUUAGUAGAAGAAAGUACUAAAUCAGUAGCAGAAAACGUGCAAAUUAGAAUAGCAGAAUCAGAAAAAUCAUUUUCUGUUUCAAGUAAAGCCAUUGGACAAGUGGCUAGCCUUGCCGUACAGCCACUGGCAUCUCUUUCCCAAACUGCAGCUAUACCCCUUGAAGAAGUGGGAAUAGGAGCAAAACCCUCCGAAAUAUUAAAGAACCAAGCUAAAGUUCUAGUGCAAGAGUUAUCAGCAGCAAAUAUUGGUCAAAUAAUCGCUUUAUCUUCAGUUAAAGAUGAAAACUUUCAUACAUUUAAAGAAAUUAAUAAAAGUUAUGGUAAAGCUGAAUCUUUUGAUACAUUAAAAGCAACAAUCAAUGAAGUCGAUGUAAAAAAAUCAAAAGUAGAAAUAACUGAUGUGCUGGAUGACCAAUGUGAAGAAGUAGGUAUGGAUUACAAAGUAGAAUUUGCGAAAGACGAAACCAAGAAAAUAAUAACAGAAAAAAAUAAAAAAGCAGCAGAAAUACUUGAGUUAGAUACAGAGUUUAUUAAAAAAGAUAUAGAAUACAUGGAAAAUUGUAUGGCUUCUACUAUUCAGUCCGUAGACGCAGAUCUCAAAUCAAAGUCCCAUAAAUCUACAGUAGUUAUUUCGGAAGUAAAGUUAAGCGAGAGUGAUAGUAGCAAGAGCCCAUCUCCCUCAUCACCGGUAAAUGAUGUUUAUUUGUUUUGUGUUGCAACUCCGUACGCAAGACAUGAACCGAAAGCUGAAACUUCUAUAGUAGAAUUGGACUACAGGUCUACUCAAAAAAGGCGAUAUACACAAGCCGAAAUUUCUGUUGCACAGUCGAUUGGCAUAGAAUACCAAAUAUCUGAUUCCGAAGAUGAAGUAGAAUCCAUUGAAAUUGAAUAUGAAUAUGAAAAACGACAAUAUGAAUCUGACAUAAACAUGGGAGCAGUAACUCAGCAUACGAUCGAAACUCGAAUGGAAGAACAGUCUUCGGAAUAUGCUAUGGAAAAUGCGGAACAUGUACACAGUCACGUUAGUAAAGAAUUACAGUUGAGCAAUGAAUCAGCUACAAUCGGCACAGGGAGUCUUAUAGAAAUAACCUCAAAAUCACAGACGUCACAACUCGACAAGAGACACGAUAUUGCAGGGGUAAUUGAGCAAGAAUUAAAUCAAUCAUCAAGCCAACGAAAAUCAACAAAAUUAGCGAAAUCAAAGAAGCAGUCUUCAAAAUCUCUACAACACACAGAAGGAACAAUACAAACAGAAAGCAAAGAAAACAGUGGGUUUUAUCAAAGUCAAGUUAUUUCUCAAUCUGAAAUGCAAUCUUUGGAACUGAAUAGACAAGCCAUACAGCAGGAUAUUAAAGUUGUAGAAAAAGAUAUUGAAUCAAGGCAUGCGUUAUUAUCUGAGCAUGAUGACACUUCCAAACAAAGGGUAAGGAAAGAAAUGGCUAUGUCACAAGCCAAACUAUUGUCAAAUAAGAAUAAAAUUACGGAAAAACAAAUCGAAAGUGCAUUAACCGAAAAAACUAGAGUUGACAGCCAAGAAUUAAAAAGUCCGCCCAUAGAACCUGCAACACCUUUAACGGAUGAAUACGUAUUCCGCCUCACGGCACCAUUACCAAGUAGAGAAGGUACUCCAGUACCGCGUGAUUGUACAUCUAGCUCCAGUUCUGAAUCAGAUGAAGAAAUAAGAAGGAAACUUAUUCCCCACAUGGAAUUAUCAAUAGAACAGAGAAUAUUCGAUCCACCAUUACCGACUCCGCCCACCUCACCGCCCGUGACGUCACCUGCUUCAAUGACAUCAUCCCCAAGAGCUAAACCAUUUUAUUCAAAGCCAGGAUUGAGAGGAGGUGGUGACACAUUCGAUUUAACCAAGGAAGAAGUAUUAGAAAUCGGGAGACAGUCAAACAUCCUCGCAUCAGCCAUAGACAAGACAAUAAAAAGGAUAGAGGAAUACAAAUCCGCAGCAGGCAUAAUGGAAUACUCCAGUUCCGAAAUAUCCAGUUCGGAAUCCAGAACUGUCAACGAAUACCAAAGUGAGGAUAAUAAGGUUGAAGUUCUAAUUGACAAGAUGGUUGAAACCUCAAGACGGUUCUCGGAUGAGGGUGAAGAGUGCGGAAAUAGCAAGGAGUUUAUUGUUCCCAUUGUUCAGGAGUACACGACGGAGGAAACACACAAAACACCUGACAUUCUUGGCAAAGUCACGUAUUUUCAAAAAGACAAUUUAAAAUCACUUUCGUUUUCGUUUAGUCUGAAAACAAACGUUGGUGAAGAGAUAAUUUUUUUGUAUCUGUGUCUUAAAACCAUGAGUUUAUUUUCUUCGUAUAUAAUAUCUCAACACUACCCAUACUGUCAUGGGUUGACAGAACUGUCCACAAAUUACUCGUCCAUGGAAGUGAAACAAGAACGAAAAAUGGAGUCAACAAAGCUAUUUGAUCAAUUACUUCAUAGCGUCCAAAGUAUGGUUGACCCAAAAGCAUCUCUAGAAGAGCGGCUAACGCAGAUGCAGGCCCAGAUUGCCGAGUUAUCAAAACUACCAGACCUCAUUCAUCAAACCCUUGAUGACGUUAAAAUGCAGUUCGAACAACUAAAUUACCAAGUACAGCAGAAAUCAAUUGAAAUACAGUCAAGUCAAUAUGCGAACAGCGAGCAAGUACAAAUUUCAGAAAAGCCUAUAGAAACACCUCAGGAACAACCAGCCAUCGAAGUAACUGCGUCGGAAGAUGUGAAGCAGAUAGAAGUGAUACCGGAACCCGAUAUAGAAAUUCAGAAUAUCAUAGAUAAGAGAAGAUUAGAAGCUGAGAACAAAACAAAAGAUGAAAUAAUGAAAGAAAGACUUAGCCAAGAGCUCCGAUUCGCGGCGGAGAGGUUAUCACCUAAAUUAGGUUUUGACGAAAGACCUAAAAUGCCAGAGGACAGACCAUUUAUGGGCUUUUCUCCACUACCUCAAACGACGCCUUUGGAAAUGGGCGUACCUCCAGUAUUAUCGCUGCCAACGGGAGUUCCUCCAAAACCGAGCAUGCCUCAAGACUCAACGAUGGCGGGCCCCGCAUUUGGAGAAACGGUUAAACCGGGAAAAGCUUGGAAGAAAUUAGAAGAUGCUAAUUUAGAACAAAUGCUAUCAGAAACAAUGGCUGCACAAGCGGAAGUAAUUAAAGGAAACGCGAUUGGAGUAAACUUCAUGAAGUACGAAAAACCACCACCACAAUUGGACCACCUUCAGCACUCGGAGGUGUAUAAAGCCAUCCAUGAGAUGGACCAGAAGCCCUUAAAGAAGGUAGAGAUGUUGAAGCCGGCUAUUGCAGCAUCUGAUUAUGUUGAGCUGGAAGUGCUGUUAGAGUUAGGACCAAAACCCGAUGAAAAAGCUAUAGAAAAAACUUUAAAAGAGCUGAAAUCACUAGAUGGUGUGCAAGAGGCCAUUUUCAAAGAUGGUGCCGUUAUGGUAGAGACUGUGUUACCAAGUGCAAUUAUAGUUGAUAUUGUAUCUAAGACAUAUGGAAAACGGGCUGUUUUACAGGGCUUUGGGGAAACUCAGUCUGCUGUGGCUAUGGUAUCAAAUCAAUGUGGUGGUACCAAAGUGAUGGGUGUAGUAAGGUUUCAACAGACGGAUCAGGGACCCCUGGUUGCUGAUGGUAGUAUUGAUGGUCUUUCACCUGGACAGCAUGGUCUUCAUGUUCAUGAUAUGGGAGAUAUCAGUGAGGGUUGCCAAUCAAUCGGGGUUCAUUUUAAUCCCCACAAAUCGAGUCAUGGGAGUCCUUUAGACCCUCCGGAUAGACGACAUGCUGGUGAUCUAGGGAAUAUAGUAGCCGAUGAGAAUGGCCGGGCAACUUUUAGGAUAUUGGAUAACGUAUUAAAGGUAUGGGAUAUAGUGGGUAGAUCGAUAGCUGUGACGUCACAACCUGAUGACUUGGGGCGUGGUUCAAGUCCGCUGUCAAAAGAGAACGGAAACAGUGGGGAACCAAUAGCCUGUGGAAUUAUCGCGCGUUCAGCGGGAAUAUUCCAGAAUCCAAAAAGGAUAUGCGCAUGCGACGGUGUAGUAGUAUGGGACGAGAGAGAUAGACCACUCGCGAGAAAGGGAAGGCGAUGUUGUGAGAAUCACGAGAAUAAAGAAAAAAAACAGUGCUGUAAAGUAUAAUAAU